AUGGCGUUUAUGCCGAGCUCGCCGACAGGGCAGAGGGACUCCGUGCCGGUCUCGCCGACAGGGCGGAGGGUGGACUCCGUCUCUCCUGGAGGUCGGAAAGUAGAUCCACGGCCGUACUAUCAAUGGCUCUUCGAUCGCCGCCGAAGCGGCGAGUUGAGCCCAUUGGCAUCUCACUUCCCCCCGCAACCAUGGCCACCUUCGCCUUCGAUGGUCCGCACUGCUUCCGCCCCCGCAGACUUGCACAUGGGCCAGCCCAGUCCGACUGGAGUUGGGUCGGUGCUCCUCUCACCGCUCUCUGAUGCAGCUUCCUUCCUGGCCAAGGCUGCUGACCUGAGCUUGAAGCGGAAGGACGUCGGCCACGCCCUGCAUUGCUGCAAUCAGGCGGUCUCCCUCGGACCGGACUGUGGUCCUGCUUGGAGACAUCGAGCUUGUGCAAGAUUGCAAGCGGGUCAAGCAGAAGCGGCCGUCGAGGAUGCAUCAGCGGCUGUGCUAGCAGAACCUCUGAAUGUGCACUCCUGGGAAACCCGCACCGCUGCAAAGUUUGGAAGCGGUGAUUAUGAUGGUGCUGUUGAGGAUGCAGCUCAUGCCAUUUCGCUUGAUGCUUGGCGGCCGAGUCUCUGGAGAAGGCGAGCUUUGGCCAGUGUGAUGCUGCAGGAGUAUGGGAAUGCCAAGGAGGACCUUGACAAGGCCUUGCACCUGGACCCAAAGCAUGCUGCCAGUUGGCGCAAUCGCGGGGCGGUGAGGCUGGCUAUGAGUGACGUUCCAGGUGCUGAGUCAGAUGCUUCACGCGCUGUGAAGUUGCACCCAACAGUUGACAGCUACCUGCAGCGCGCCAAGAUUCGGACUCCUGGCCGCAUCAAGAAAGGGUCUCCAUGA